CGAAGCGACAACAUUUCCUAAGUUGUUCACCCACACUUUAGCCACUGUUUCUUUAGUUUGGUAAAUUCAUGGCAAUUUUGAAUAUUGGUUUUGUAAAAUUUCGUUCAUUAUAACAAAAUGGAGGCCAAAUUAGGGGAAUUUUUAGCAAAGAAAUAAUCUUUUGCUGUUCAUGUUGGAAGUUGAAGGAGUUCUCCCAGUGUACUGUCCGGCUGCUGAGGAAAUGGAAGUGGGUCAUGCUGUGGGUAUCGUUCGAUGUGUCAACGACUCCAAAGAUAUCAUCACCUACAUGUAAACCGAGAAACUGUUAGUCAGUUCUUGCAAGUGCUUGAUCCACAAGGUGUGGAAGCUCGGAAGCACCGUCGAUUUCGCAGAAGGAUGUAUUUCAAUAAAGGACCCCACUACCUCAUCCACAUUGACGGAUACGACAAGCUUAAGCCCUAUGGUUUUGCAAUUCAUGGUGCUAUUGACGGGUUUUCUCGGCGAAUCCUGUGGCUUGAGGUUGGACCGACAAAUAAUGACCCAAAGGUUGUUGCUCAAUAUUUUGUGGACUAUAUACAACAAAUAAAAGGGGUUCCACAUGUCAUAAGGACAGAUCGCGGCACAGAAAAUACACUGAUUGAGGAUAUACAAAUAGCAUUUCGCUACUACCAUGAAGAUGAGCGAGCAGGAUUCAAUAGCUUCUUAUACGGGAAGUCAACCUCAAACCAGCGAAUUGAGCGGUGGUGGGGUAGUAUGAGACAUGGUUCAAUUGAUUUCUGGCUCAUGCUCUUCAAAGAUAUGCGUGACUCUGGGCUUUUGGACAAUUCAUCUGCGUGGCAACUAGAAUGCAUGAGAUUCUCUUUCACUGGGUUGCUGCGUGCAGAACUGCAUCAAGUUGGGCAACUAUGGAAUGAACAUCACAUCCGUCCAUGCCGUAACACUGUUGCUUCCAGUGGGAAACCAGAUGAGAUGUAUUUCUUACCAGAACUUUAUGAUACCCACGACUUCAAACAUAAUGUACCAAUGACAGAUGUGGAAGCAGUGCAAGGCAUCUGUGUACGACUUGACAGAUUUGGUUGUUCUGAAGACUUUGUGGAGGUAGCAGAAUUUGUCAUGCAACAUAAGGGACUUGUCAUGCCACAUACUCCACAAGAAGGUGUUCGUUUUUAUUUAGAUAUAAAAGAAGGAAUUCUCAAUUUGGCACGUUGAAUGCAAAGAGAGAUUUUCAUUUUGUUCCUCUGUGUAAGCCAUCUUAUCUGUAAAUUGUUCAUUUGUUUUACUUGCGACUUUGUUAUACUCAGUUUACAAAACAAUAGAAGCAAAUACUAUACUUGGGCUACACAGAAUGUUAAGUAGUUACUACUGAUAUACCCUUAGUUGAAUCUGUUCAUAACAGAGCCACACAAAAUAUUCUUUGAAAAAUGCCUGGUCUGUGCACUGGUAGGAACAUGGAGGUAGAAAUAGGAGAUACAGAUACAGACUACAGCCCAUUUGACAUCCUCACCCACUCGUAGUUCUGGAGUUAAGAGCUCUCCUCAUUAUAUUGUAUAACAGUGACAAAUGGGAAACUAUGGGCAAUUAUUUGGCAGGAUUUUUGAGGGCCCAUGUCAUCCCCGCACUGAAACUUUGAUGUGGAGCAGUUGUCUUUUGUUUAUUACAAAUUCCACAUAAAUGUAAUGACCAUGACGUGGAGUUUAAACCUUUGAUCUGUUUCAAGUUGUGUCUCCUUCUGUUUCUACCUCCAUGGUAUGAUAUACUGUUUUUUUUUUUUUUUAAACUUUAAUAACCGACAAUCAUCUGGUGUUAUUUGUAUUAUAGGCCUUCACAUACCCCAUGUCCUGACACAGGAUUUGCGGUCAGUGAUUAAAGGAGCCAAUUUAAUGACAUUUGCCCAAUAAUAUUAAGUAUGGACCUAAAAAGGCUUGGACAAUUUUUUAUUUGAAUUCUUUGUACCUAUUUUCAAAGUUAGAAUUAUAAUUUGUAUUCCUCAAUCUAUUUGAUCCUUGUUUUUCCUUUUUGGUUUGUUGGUGGGGUUAAUAGUCAAUGAGAACAGUUGUACAAGAAAAGCAAGCAUUUUGUUGCCACUUGAUGUUGAUGGCGAUCCCAUUGCAGUAUUUCAUGACUUAUGAUUGCAAAACUUAUUAUUUGCAGGCGUGAAGGUACUCAAAAACAGGUUAAUAAAGUUUUACUUCCCAAA